AUGAUGCAAGCCAUUUGGAGGCACGGAGACAGGGCGCCGGGGGAAUUACCCUACCCGAAAGACAAGUACAACGAGAGUUUCUGGCCGAGAGGAUGGGAUCAGCUGACCAACGUAAGUGCGUGGAAAUAAAGAAUGUGACAAGGAGAAUGGGCUUGAAGAGAGGCAUUUGGCAAGCCGUGGAACUCGGAAUUUGGCUUCGGCAACGGUAUGCAUCGACUGUUCUUCCGAUUUUCAACAAGAACAAGGUACACGUUCGGAUGGUUUUUCCUUGAUCGUUCCAAGUGUUUCAAGGUGUUCAUUCUGUCUUCCGAUUCGGAAAGAGCAAUAGAAACGGCCCAGGGGGUGUCUGCCGGCCUGUUUCCGCCGACGAAUGACCGUGUCUGGGAGUCGUCGUACCUCCGUUACUGGCAGCCGACACCCAUUCACACCCCGUACGGAACGCUCGAUGCGGUCAGUUCCUCAUCUUUUCCUUCCUUUCUUCUAUGCCAUUUUCUUCAGCUCCUCCGACCCACAAAAGUGGAAUGUCCUAAUUACGAAUUGGCGAACACAAACGAAGAAAGUCCAAUUGCCGCUCAAAUCAACGCAGAGUACGGUCAAAUGUUCAAAUGGCUCCAGAAUACCACCGGAAUGGAAUCCAUCAACUUUUGGAACAUCAACGAUCUCUAUGAUAUCCAAAGAGAGGUAUUCAUAUUCAUUUGGCUCGUUUAUUUCCACGUGCCUGCAGAUUGACCACAACAUGCCUCAGCCGAAAUGGCUGAAUCAGGUGUUUAACGGCACCACAAUAAUGGAUCACAUUCGAGAAUUGAAAAGAAUAUCGCGGAUUCAGGAGUUCAAUUCGGCGACGAAGGCAAAGUUCCGCGGCGGAAUGCUCGUCAAUCAGUUUCUGCAGAAUAUGGAGGAUUUCAUUGCGAACACGUCUACUUUGAAUGCUGUUAUGUACUCUUCGGUUGGAAACUUUCUAGAAUUUUCUUUCAGAAAAACAAAUCCAUUUUCAGCACGACGGAACUCUCUCCGCCCUACUUUAUGCGUUGAACGUUUCGAAUGAUCAAUUGGUUCCGUACACGGCUACCGUACUCUUCGAACUUUACGACGAUAACACCGUUGAGUUGUUCUACAAGAACUCCACUUCCACAGUAUUUCCGAUGACGAUCCCUGGCUGCCAACAGAGCUGUCCGCUCGCUCAGUUCCUUCAACUUUUGGAGAAUGUUCGAGUUCGGUCCCUGGAUGCGUUGUAUUCCGUAAUUAGUUUCUGAAGUUGAGCAGUGGUGAAUGGGGGUCUUUUCAGUUAUGCGGAACGAACAGUACGACGACGACGACGACGACGACGACCGGCUAA